AUGCCCAAGACAAAGAUACUCCUUACGGGUGCCACUGGAUAUAUUGGUGGAUCAGUGUUGGCCGCCCUUGUCAAAUCCAGCAAUGGCAUGCUUGAAAACACGGAAAUCACUUGUGUUAUUCGUAAUUCCAAAUUGGCUGGUAGCCUGACCGGCGUUGGGGUCAAGGUUGCCAUGUUCAAUGGGCUCGAUGAGACGGAUGUUCUGGCGGAACUCGCAAGCGAGCAUGACAUCGUGAUUCAGGCUGCUUCGGGCUUCCACACACUGUCAGCAAGGGCAUUGGUUCUCGGUCUGGCACAACGAAAGAGGAAAACUGGCAAAGAUGUCUACUAUAUCCAUACGACAGGGACGUCUAAUGUUGGCGACCGCCCAAUCACGAAGAAAUACAUCGAGAAUGCCUACCCUCUUUCGGACAAGGAUGACAUUUUUACCUACAUCAAGCAGCGAGACGAACAGGUACCUUAUGCCCAACGAACGUCAGACAUUGUGUCCAUCGAGCUUGGACUCGAGUAUGGCGUCAAGACAUACCACAUCAUGUCGCCAUCCAUCUAUGGCAUUGACUCCAGCCCCUUGCACGAGUUCUGCCAUGUUCCUGUCAUGAUUCGGGCGGCAUUGAAAUUGGGCCAAGUGCCAAUCGUUGGAGAUGGUUCUGGCAUCUGGGACCAUGUUCAUGUCAAAGACGUUGCCAGCCUCUAUGAGUUGAUCGUUGAUCGAAUCCUCAAGGGACAACCCGUUCCAUAUGGAAAAGAUGGCAUCUUCUUCGUUGAGAAUGGCCAGCAUACGUGGCGACAAAUCGCUCAAAGAGUUGCUGACGCUGGCGUAGCUUUGGGUGCCAUUUCUUCUUCCGAGCUGAAAUCACUUUCCCUCGAUGAAGCUAAGGACUUUUAUGGUCAGGGAUGGGCUUUGCUCGCCGAAAUUGGGUGGGCAUCAAAUUCUUGGACCAGGUCAGACAAAGCGCGAGAAUUGGGCUGGAAACCGCAAAAGACGGAAAAGAAUUGGGAGGACCAUUUCGUUGAAGACUGGGAGGCGAUACUUGAGUCGAAUGGCGCUUCAAUGGACUAG